AGGCUAUCGAACGCACCCUUCUCUCAGAGAAGCGUAGACGGAAAGCAGCUAGCUUCGUUAACGGAAAGGGCAUUAUUUACACUAAUAUGCAUCCCGGAAAGUAUGACAUAAAACCCCGGCAGCUGGCGGGUGUCGGAACGAACCCGACAUAGCGAGAAUCAGCGUCACUGUGGGUCGGGAAGCUCGGCUUUGUGUCGGUUUGUUGUGCAGGGUUAGCCACUUGAGCUAGCUAGCAGACUGCUUCUUUUAACGGUUUACCGGUAGUCAGUCUCAGAGGACACGAAUAACCGCUGCCGGCCAGAGGGACGGCUUAUCUGCCCGGACGGACCUCCGCAGGAUGGACAGGAGCGCCGCUGCGGAGGAAGCGAAGCUGCAACAGGCGUUAUCUGGUUAGCACUGGGCCUGAAUACCAACACACCUCCUGGUCUCCUUCCUUCCUCUAUUCCUUCCUUCCUUCCUCCCUCCCUAGCUGUCCACUUCCAUGAUCACUAUGGACCCAUCCCUGAAUCCGCUGCCGCAGUUUCCAGAGAAUUCCUACAAGAUGACAGAGGAGGAUGUGAAAAGGCUGAUUGAGUUCAGGGCCUCCAACGAGGCUCUGUUUACAGGGAAGAGGAACUCAGCCAAGAUAGCCUGGAGCACCAUCUUGAAAGGUCUGGGUCUGGAAGGCAAGCUGACAGCAGACCAGAUCGCCAAGAAAUGGGACAACCUACGGACAAAAUAUAAGGACCUGAAGCAGCCCUACCAAGGCCAGAACCAUAUUGGGGGGAUUGUGGAGUCGUGGCCCUGGUUCCACAUCAUGGACGAAGCCAUGCAGGGUCGUCUCUACAACAGCAACCUGGUGCUGAGUCCAGAGAGCGCCUGCAACGCUGCUCAGCGCAACAACGGCCAGCCCAAUCAGAACCAGGAGAACACGGACAUCCUGGAGUUCCUCAUCAAGACGGAGAUGGACGACACGGUGGCGGCAGAGACGGCGCAAGGCGAUGGGACGGUUCACGCCGAGGCCCCACCUGCAGAGGGGGUCCCCAUGGGCUGGAGGAGGAUGACCGAGUGCUCUUAUAAAAUGACUGAACCAGAAACGGAGCGGAUGAUCAAACUUCGCGCUGCAAACGAAGCUCUCUUCACGGGCAGGAAGCACUCGGCUAAGCCCGCCUGGAGAGCCAUUCUGUAUGAGCUGGGUCUUCAGGGGAAGCUGACCACUGACCAGCUGGCCAAGAAGUGGGACAACCUGAAGAGGCGGUACAAGGAGCUGAAGUUUCCUUCUCGCGGCGUGGAGACUAACCCCAGCUCCUGGCCCUGGUUCUACCGAAUGAAUGACGCCAUGGAGGGACGGUUUGCUGGCGCGGCGCCCAUCCUCACUCCCAUUGUAGAGGACGAAGAUGAGGACUGCGAGUCGCUGUCGCCAACACCUAAAAAACGAGCCCGCCGGAGCCGAGGGGGCAUGGCCGAGUUCCUGACAGAGUCUGAGAUGGACCUGCUGGUAGAUAAUGAGGAAAAGAACGGGUCCACGACUCUGGGCGAUCUGCAUCGCAUGUCAGAGUUCACUUACAAAUUGACAGAAGAAGACACGAGGCGACUGAUUGAGUUACGAGCUGCUAACGAGUCUCUGUUCACCGGGAGGAGGAACACUGCCAAACCUGCCUGGAGGGGAAUCGUGAAGGAGAUGGGACUGACGGGGAAGAUAACACCUGACCAGGUUGCGAAAAAGUGGGACAACCUGAAGACUAAAUUUAAGGACUUAAAGUUUCCUCCCAGGGGGAUGGAGGGUCAGACCAACCCGGCCUCGUGGCCUUGGUUCCAGCUGAUGAGCGAUGCCCUGGAAGGACGUCUGGUAGGAAAAGCUCCCAGAGUGACACCAGUAUGGACCAGUGAAGAGGACAAUGUGUUCGUCUCGUCUCCGCCCACCGACAGAGACUGUUUGUUAACAGAGAGGAGCAGCGUGUCGGAGCUGGAGAGCAUGGUGGGUGGAGACAACGCCGAGACUGAUGGCAGCAUCACUUACAUCGACGCCAGCGGAGAAGAGUGUUCAACGCCCUCAGAGCUCUCUUACAAAAUGACAGACCAGGACACCAGGAGGAUGAUCAAACUCCGAGCCGCUAACGAGAUGUUGUUCACCGGGAGGAGAAAUGCUGCCAAAGCUGCCUGGAAAGCCAUCCUGAAGGAGCUCGGGCUGCAGGGCAAAGUUUCCACCUACCAGAUGGCCAAGAAGUGGGACAAUCUGAAGAGGAGAUACAAGGAUCUGAAGUAUCCUCCUGUUGGGAUGGAGAACGUCGCGGACGGUGCCUCUUCCUGGCCGUGGUUUCACCUGAUGAACGAAGCCAUGGAGGGCCGGCUGGUGAACAGCGCCCCCCUCCUCACCCCCGUCACUCAGGAAGACGACCAGCACCCAGAUCCUGCCCCCAGACACAGGCCCCGCUCCGUGCCUCCUCCUGCUCCUCCGCCCUCCUCUUCGUCGGACUUCGGGCAGGAGGCAUUCGGGGACGGUGCGGACCAAAACCAGCAGAGCGUGGAGCCGUGCAACGGGCCGCUGGCAGGACUGGAACGGGAGUGGGAGAUGGUGGAGAGGGAGCGGGCGGCCCUGGAGCGAGAGAGGGAGAUGGUGGAGAAGGACAGGGAGGCGGUGGAGAGAGAGAGGGCGGCGGUGCAGGCGGAGAGGUUGUGGCUGGACAGGGAGAGGGCGGCGGUGGAGCAGGACAGAGCCAUGGUGGAGCAGGAGAGGGCAGCUUUGGGCCGGGAGAGGGAGGUGCUGGACCAGAGAGCCUUGAUGCUGAACUCUGUGGGACACUCGGGACACCUUAACAGCCUCAUGUAGACCAGCGUUGUGGGGACGUGGACCGUCCCUACAGGAGGAAACGAAGACCCGCUGCACCUCUGUGGAUCCAGACGGUCGCUGCUGGGUGAAGGCCUGGGCAUGCUGGGAGGCUGGACCUGGACUAGAGCACCUUCUGGGGGAUGUAGACCAUCUUAGCAGGAGGGCUGCACAAUCAAGAGUCAUGAGGUUUAAAGGAACAUAUAAAGCUGCAGAUUCAUAGCCAAACCUGUCAUAUUGUUUUACUGAGAGCCUGUUUUCUUCUGUUUUACCCUCGUAUCACAGAGAUUAUCUACAAUACACAGAAGUUCAAAUCAUGGUUUACUGAGAAAUCUGUCAUUAUUUCAUCAUCACUUACAGCUGUUUUCAUUUGUUUACUUAGCAAUGUCGCAUGUCUUUAUGGUUUCAGUGCGGUUGAUUGAGGUGGUGAGGAUGUAAAUAUUCUCAUCACGGAACAUAAAUUUAGAAUAAAUCACAUAUUUCAUCAUAUCACUAAUUGCUAAAGUUUGACUGUUUACCUACUAGUGAAAGAUUUAGUUUGGAGAACACAGCAAGAGUCAGAUGAUCAGCCUGAUGGACUUAACACAAGAGAUAUCAUCAAUGUCCUUUAAGACCAUUAAUCAGUCUUUUCAUUUAGACUUUAUAUGUUCCUCAUUCAUUACUCAGACAUAUAACAAAUAUAUACAACAGGUUUUUUUUUAAAAACUGAUGCCUCCACUAAAACAAGCUAAUUAAACUCUUCCUCAUUCCCAGUAUCAGUAUUUACACUCCGUCCUCUGACGACUACAUCAAACUCGCUUAGAGCUACAUGCAGUAACUAGUAGCGCCUCUCGAGGGACAAAUGGUAAAUGGUCCGUAUUUGUCAAGUCAAGUCUGAAACUAUGACAUGAAGGGAAGGUGUUACGCUGUUGGACCACAGGUUCUGAUAAUCAGGACUUUCUGAGACAGAUCAGUGUUUUUGUAUGCUAAUACAAUAAGUGCACAUUAUAUUAAUUAUGGGAAUUAUAGUAUUAAUAAUCAAUGUGAUAUUGUAUGUAUAAAAGAAAAGUGGGCCGUGUCCACUAGGGAUGUCACAAAUAUAGAUUUGUUUAUGUAAGUUCAUUCUGCACUGAAACUCUGGACUCGCGUCUCAAUAACAAUAAAGGAAUCUUAAAUCACAUCUAAAACCUUUUAGAUCAAACUGAUAAUUAAACCCAAUUAACUUUGAUAGUUGUCAAAACUUUCAAAUAACACCUGAACACCUGCAGGAGGCUUCGUUACCUGACUAGGGAUAUAGUACAGUGAGUAUAGUACAGUAGUAUAGUGACAGUGGAAACAAAGAAACAAGAUCAUGUACAAAGGAAACAGGUUUUUCUUACACAUGCAAAUGACACAAUUAUCACUGUUAGAUUAGAUAAACAUUGUCAUUUAAUCCAGUUACUAAACAUUUACCUUUGCUUUGCUGUACAAAGUAAACAGUGAGACUUAUUUAAUGUAGUUCCUCCUUUGUUCCUCCUAAGUCCUGCUUAACAGGCUGGUGAGCCGUCCUGUUUUUAUUUUUUUCCAGAGGGAAUAACUUUUCAUCUGUUGAACUUUCCCACUCCUAAUGUGGUAACAUCAAGAUCUUGUGUAACUUUUUUCCAGCUCCCUGUUCGGACAUAAUCCUUUACAGAAAGUAAUUAUAUAGACAAAGUUUUACCAUUAAUUAAUUGUGACUUUCCUGGUGUGGACUCAUGUAGCCCAAAGUGCAGCACCCUCAGUGAAAUAAUGCGCUCCCAGCUGUUGUGGUUAGUCAGUGUGGUUAGUCCAGUGGGAGUACACAGUCAUUUAACACAGGACUGAAAACCAGGUUGAACCCUUUCAAACUGCAUUCAAACACCCGAUCAUGGGUUGUGUUUUUACCAGUGGAAAAAUGCUAGAGUCUGUUUUCAUAUAAUCAUCAUCAUCAUUACGUUUAACAUUUCAGUGCUGUGAUUGGUGGAUGGAAGCUGCUGAAAAUUCCAGUCGGUGGUAUAAAGAACUCUGAUUUGCUUCUUCCUCUCAAGUUUUAUUGCACUUAGAGUUGUGAACAUAACUUUUGUCAUACAUGAUCCCCAUAGAUAGUGUGGAUAAUUUGGUCUGGAAUUUCUUGUUUCCAUGAUUCCUGAUCACAUUUGUGCUUCAUUGUGGAGAUUUUCUGCAGGAGAUGUGCUUUCACGGCUAUAAAUGUGAGGUAAGGAUGUAGGAUGUAUGCUUUUAGAGGGGAUUGAGGGGAACCAUAGAAGAGGAGAUGCGAUCAUUAAAGAGCUGAUCUAUUGGUGGAAAAGAUGAUGCAGGAUAAAGUAGAAUGUUUGUGUUUGAAGCAUUGAUGAGUCUUGCUGUUCCAGCUCGGUAAAGGGGAAAAACUUGACUUAUAUUUUUAGAUUUGGUUUGUUUUGUCUGUCUGAAGGCACAUUUCAGACUUUCGCUGCCUCCAUAUGGAAUUAAUUUCUAAACUUUGACAAAGAACAGCUGAUCCGGAUGUGAUUCUUGUUUAAAUGGCAGAAGAAAACAGGAGAAACAGCCUCAGUAUAACAUGUUUGGAGCUGAUUGUGCAGCUUUGCCUGAUUUUAACCAGUGAAAAUGUUUUUUUCUAACAAAACAGACGUGGCUGCAUCUCUACACUGAAGCUUCCAGUCACACUCGCUCAUCCACACAGGACCUGAUGGACUGUUUGUAUUUGUUUACAUCAAAACACAUUGUUAUUUUAUUUAAGUGAUUUUUGCAGAAAUGUUUUCUCUCACAGAUCAAACCGUCUGGUUCACAGAAAAUAAACUGCUGCUGCUCUGAUGGGUUUUUCCUCAUGAUCCAUGUUGAAUCAUCCAAGCCUGAAUCCUCAAGCAGCCACAAAAUAAAGCUGAUGUUCAUCA